GCGCGGGGCGCGGGGCGUGGAGGGGGGCGGGCGGCCUCCCCGGCAUCUUCGCGGCGACCAAGGACGAGCGGGCAGGGGAACGACCGGGAUGGCGCGUCCGCGGCCCCGCGAGUACAAAGCGGGAGACCUGGUGUUCGCCAAGAUGAAGGGCUACCCGCACUGGCCCGCCCGGAUUGACGAACUCCCAGAGGGAGCUGUGAAGCCUCCAGCCAACAAGUAUCCUAUCUUCUUUUUUGGUACCCAUGAAACUGCAUUUCUAGGUCCUAAAGACCUUUUCCCAUAUAAGGAAUACAAAGACAAGUUUGGAAAGUCAAACAAACGGAAAGGAUUUAAUGAAGGAUUAUGGGAAAUUGAAAAUAACCCAGGAGUGAAAUUUACUGGGUACCAGACAAUUCAGCAACAGAGCUCUUCAGAAACUGAGGGAGAAGGUGGAAAUACUGCAGAUGCGAGCAGUGAGGAAGAAGGAGACAGAGUAGAAGAUGGAAAAGGCAAAAGGAAGAAUGAGAAAGGAGGCGCAAAACGGAAAAAGUCCUACACUUCAAAGAAGUCUUCUAAACAGUCCCGGAGAUCUCCCGGAGAUGAGGAUGAGAAAGACUGCAAAGAAGAGGAAAACAAAAGCAGCUCGGAGGGCGGAGACGCCGGCAGUGACACCAGGAACGCGACUUCAGACUUGCAGAAAGCCGGGGAAGGGACCUAACUACCGUAAGAAUGCUGCAUAUUGAGAGAAACCACAAGAAGGUUAACUGUUUGAUUGUCUAAUUCCUGGAUUUGAUAUGAACCGACAGUCUUUGUUGUCAUUGACAGAACCCCACCCAGUGUGUGUGUGUGUGUGUGCAUUAUUCACAUUCCUCUCUGUUCUGUUGAAGGGAAAAAAAAAAAGACAUUUUGACCUUUUUUAAGGUUAUUGACUUAAUUUUGUGUUACUUGGUUGCAUGAAGUUGCCCUUAACCACUAAGAAUUGUCAAGAUUUUUGCACAGACUUUUCCAUGUCUAGGCUCCUUUUCCAAGGCAGUUCUGGUCAUCAGCUUCCUGCCUUUAUCCCACCAUCAUCAAAUACUCAGUUAAAUAGUAAUUCAUAUUUUUUAGAUGACUACUCAACAUAAUACUUAAGAAUGGGAUUUUCUUUCUAACAGAACCCAAGAGCCAACUCCUAGAUAUAUAUUGUUGGUAUAUUGGAGAUGAAAUGAAAGUCAUCUUUCAAUUUGAAGGCCAUGUGUAAAGUUUAACCAUAUUGUACAAUACCUGUUCUGUAUUAGAAAUAGAUAGUUGAACUUACACUUCUCAAAACUCAUGUUGCUGUGUACACAAACUAAGUGUAUAUGUGAACCUAGUGAGUCUUUUUGUGUUAGACCAAAAUAAAGCAAGGAUUUAUUUUUUCCCAAUGCCAAUAUGAUUUGAGCUAAUCACUCAAGGUGGUCACUUUACACUUGAAAGCUGAAAUCAGCAGGAGCACUAUGGGAAACCAGACAAAGCAUUGACUCUUGAAUAUAGACUUUUAAUAAACUUUUCUUUUGGAACUAGAAUCAGAGUAGUUAACAUUCAUCUGCAAAUGAUUAUUAUGUGUACAUUAUUGUCGCUAUUGUGAUACUAGAGAGUCUUAUUUAUUUUUAUGCCAGCUUAUACUGUGAGAACACAUUAGUCAGUUGGGUUUCAUCAAUUCUGUUAUGCUCGUCCUUGGAACAUCUCUUCCGUGUGUGUUUGAGGUUUGUAGCUGAAAAGUUUACUGUAAAAAAAAAAUCAAAAACAAAAAAAAUGUAUUGUUUUUACAGAAUAAAUUUAUUGGAAUGUGUA